AUGGUCAAUCCCGAGGUGCAACUGUUUGAGGACGAGUUUCCACUUGCCCAAUGCUGUCCUAAACUGAACGAACUCCGUCUGGCACAGGAGUUAACUGAUCUUACCAUUCGCGUAGGUUCCUUCUUCUCCACUACAAUGUUCAUAGUUGAAGGAAAACAACGUUGUGCAUGUGCACAGACUUAUUGUGGCCGCCAGGAUUUCUUUGUAACGCGAGGCGACGUGUUACUUUCCAUGUUGCGAGACGAUAAAUUGCAAGUGGACAACGAGGAGAAGGUUUUUGAUGCAAUCAAAAGAUGGGUCCGUCCAGCUGGCAAUCUGGAUGAGGAGAGGAUCGCUCAUGCUCCAGAGCUGUUGAGGGUUGUUCGGUGGAGUCAAACGAAGCACCGUUUUAGAAAGCGUCUAAUGGAAAAUGACGAUCUCAUCGGUAGCAGUACAGCUUGCCUUAUAUGGCACCAUCUUCCCGAAAUGCGGGAAAGAAGAGCUGAAGCUGCAGCCGUAGCGCUGUCUGACGGACGUGUUGUCGUGUUUGGUGGCUGCGACGGCCGAUCAUCGCUUGCCUCGGUGAAAUUCUGUCACCUUCAGGCUGACUGGUCCUACAUUACCGGGGCGGACAGAUCAAAGGGAUUUUGGCGGUCCCUUGAACCGAUGAGGACGCCACGCUACUUGCCAGCAGCGGUGGCUUUCAGGGACAAGAUAAUUGUCGCUGGAGGUCUGACCGUAGACAAAUGUGGUAUUCAUAACGCCCAGCGUGUCGUAGAGGUUUUUCACCCACCAGAUGCUGAACGUCCACUCGGCGAAUGGACGAGUGUCGCGGACUUGCUGCAACCCCGACGCAGAUUCUCCCCUCUGGUGUACAAAGACAGACUUUAUGCCUUGGGUCAGCAUUCUCCCCAGAAACUUUUUGUUUCAGGCAAUUUUUAA